AUGCCUCAGUCGUGUUCCUAUGACAUGAAGGUGCUGCCCUCCAGCCGCUCCUGCAAGCUGCAGCUGACAAAUGCCUCCGGGAGAACUGUCCUUGUUGAGAUAAUUUUUGGGGUGCAGCAAGGCGACUGGGACCUCUUCCUGAGCAGUGAGGGUAGAGACGACAUCUUCCUCAUCCCAAGCACCAUAUGGCCAGAGAGCUACGCUGUGGCGGAGGCAAAGUUCUUCAGUCACGUGGCCAGGCAGGCCCCGCGUAACAGCUUCCACCUACAAUGCCUGCAGGUCUGGGCCAGCAUCCUGGAGGGCACAGACUUCACCACCUAUACCUUGAAGACAGUUGUGAUGCACCUCCUGGCCACCACACCCCUGUCAGGCUGGCGCAGGAGGGAUUUCCUGCCGCGGCUGGAGGAUAUCAUGCAGUUCCUGCGCUGCUGCCUGGAGGACAAAUGCCUCAACCACUUCUUCUUUGGCAACGAGAAUGUGCCCGAGGAGAUAAUCUUGCCCCCACCCUUCAAAACGGCCAAGCCAUAUAACCUCUUCUACCACCUGCUGCACUAUCCGGCCGACCAUGCCCAGGCACUGCGUGACUACAUGGUGCUGCAAGAUCGACUCAUAACACUGCUGUACUACGGACACUGA